AUGGUUCAUCAACACGGCAAUCACGGCGACAUCCCCGACCACCACCGGGUUCAUCGACCCGGAGCAUGGCUACCAGCCGACCACCGCGUUCACCGUGCCUGGCUCGGUAAAGCCAUCGACCAUGUCGACAAGCACGGCGAACAGGAGCUCAUCCCCGUGUUGCAAGAGUUCAAGGAGUUUAUUGAGAACAACCCCCGUAUCUACAUGUAUUUCACAGAGAUGUGGGACGAAAUCCCCAAAAAACCGCCCUACACGCGUGACCCUGCCGGCGGAUCCCAGAUCCGCGACUACAACCACAUGCUCCAGGUGCUGAAUCAUGUGUUUGGGCGCGCUCCUGAAUGGACGGACGCGGCUGCAAGCGCGGGAGUGGUCGGUGUGCCCAUGUGUGCCAUCUUCGAUUAUGCCAUGGGCACCCCAAGCGGGCAUGCCGCGUUUCUGGAUCCUGAUGUUAAUCGGAUGCUGAAGAAGAUUCUUAACAAGUGGGGGGAGUACCUCAAGAGUCCUGAAUCAGCAGAGGUCCUCGGUGACCACCGCGCAGGCUGGUUCGGCGAGGUGGGCUACAGCGACCUGAUGGAGGUGGCCAACGCGCCCUACCGGACAUCGCACAAGUUCGAGGACAUGUACGUGUGCGACCCGUCGAAACCGCACUACGGGUACAAGUCAUGGGACGACUUCUUCACCCGCCAAGUGCACUCCUCCGCGCGCCCCCUCGCCUCGCCAGACGACGACAACGUGAUCGCCAACGCGUGCGAGUCGAAAGUAUUCAACGUCACGCACAACGCCAAGCUGCGCGACAAGUUCUGGAUCAAGGGCCAGCCCUAUUCCGUCAUUGACAUGCUAGGCAACGACCCGCUGGCGCAGCAAUUCGCUGGCGCCACGAUCUACCAGGCCUUUCUCUCAGCCCUGUCCUACCACCGCUGGCAUGCGCCCGUCUCCGGGAAGGUCAAGCGCUGCUUUGUGCGCGACGGGACCUACUUUAGCGAGCCCCUGUUCGAGUCGGAUGCUGAGGGUGGUGAGAUUGAUGCGCAUGGGAUUUCGGUUGCGCAGGGAUACCUCGCGGCUUUGGCUACGCGGGCGAUCAUCUUUAUUGAGGCGGAUAAUCCGGCCAUUGGGCUCAUGGCGUUUAUUGGGGUCGGUAUGGACGAGGUUAGUUCGUGUGAGAUUACUGUUAAGGAGGGUCAGCAUGUGAAGAAGGGGGAGGAGAUUGGCAUGUUCCACUUUGGGGGGUCGUCGUAUUGUUUGUUGUUCCGGAAAGGGGUGAAAGUUGGCGGGUUUCCCGAGGUCGGGAGGAAGGAGAAUGUCCCUGUUAGGGGUCGGCUUGCGGUGGUAGAGCCGUGAGGAGGUGAACUCUUUGCUGGGUAUGCGGUUAGUGAUCGUAGUUGCCCUAUUCAGUUGUGAAGCUGCAGAACUACCAGCAAGUAAAGAUGUGCGGGUAACCGAAGUUGAGCCUCUCACCGUUUCCGUACCCUUUCUUUUGACGAUCCCCGGCCUUAGCUG